CUGAAUAUCCUGCUGCUCGGCAAUCAUCCGGGGGUGUUUUCCAUAUCGCCGAUCGCUCCCCGGGGCUUUCUCCAUGCUGAUGACACCGUCCACGUUUUCAUUCAACCUUACUGCCAAGCAGAGGACUUCUGGGUCGAAUUCAUUCUGCCGAGAAAUAAUGAUUGUCCGUCCAUAGAGGGUGAGGUAUAAAUUGAAUCCUCCCAGACAUGAUCUUCCCACAAUAUCGUUAAUCUCCCCACAGAUUCAUCAUGCUCUUUUCCGAUCUGCUCGCUACGGCCCUCCUCACCGGGUCCGCCCUGAGCAUCCCCCUCGUCCCCCGCGAGCUCAGCCCCUACACCAGUGACAUUGAGGUUCACUCCAGCUGUAACGCUACCCAACGGCGUAUGCUUCAAAAGGCCCUCUCUGACACAUACGAAGUAGCCUCCUUCGCUAAAGAAUACAUCACCACCAACGGCGGGGACGAUCCCAUCUUUCAACAGUACUUUGGCACAGACACUGGUUCAUACACCCAAGUCAUCGGUAUCUGGGAUGCUUUCCUCACGUCCAACAAAGAAGGCGUGCUUUUGCGAUGUGAUAACCCUGACGGCAAUUGUGGUCAAGACGGCUGGCGCGGACAUUGGCGAGGCGACAAUGCCACAUCCGAAACUGUCAUCUGCGAUCUUUCUUACACUGACAGGCUGUUUAACGAAAACUUUUGCAUGUUUGGGUACGAGCUCGUUAGCCAGAAACCUUCGACUUUUUGGUCUAUCGAUCUCAUUCACCGAUUCUUCCAUGUUCCAGCGGUGACGAACGGCAAAGUCGACCACUAUGCUGAAGACUAUACUGGCAUUCUCGAGCUCGCCGAGCACAACAGCACCUAUGCCGCUGUAGACUCGAACGCCCUCCAGUACUUUGCUGCUCAUGUCUAUGCGCUUGAGGUUGCCAAGGGUGGAGAUGCUUGUAUCGGCAAGGUUGCGGAAUCGAGCAGCAGCGAAGCAUCGUCUCUCGCCACAUCUGCCUCUUCGACCGGUUCAUCCGUGCCCGACGCCUCCAGCUCUUCCACUCCAGCUGCCUCCUCUACAGCCGCCACUUCGAGUGACAACGCCGGCAAGGACUGUCACACUCACGCUGACGGUGCUGUCCAUUGCGUGUGAUUCAUCGCCAAACGAUUCAAAGAUCAUGAAAGAUGUGCCAAAGCUUCCUGAACCCCACUAAUAGAGCUUCAUCGUCGGACAAAUAUAAUAACGUAGAUGCCUUUCCUAUACAUGUGAUAUUCUUCCAGAGCUUUUAUAUUCCAUGAAAUGCAACAAAA